UUUAUGUAUAGCCCCUUCCUAACAGUCUUAGAGACUGUGGAAAAGAAAGGCUGGACUGAGCCUUUGGACUUUUGGCAACUGAACUCAGAGCUGUGGAGUUCAAGUUUGGGACAGAUUAGUUGGGCAAAGGGUGAGAACAAGUUAACCACGGCCCAUUCUGCAGUGUCCCUGUGUUACACCUUGUUCUGUCUGUCCUGUAUCUAUCCUCCAUGGUCACAUGCAGUAAACGCAAGUGUACAUGUUGUGCUUCAGCCCUCCUACUUGUAGUUCAGCAACACUGAGCCAGGUUAGUAUUUGGACAGGAGACCUUCCAGGAGAGUUUAUUUACAGUAGGAUAGAGUGUUUGCUUACUGAGUCAUGGUUUUCCAGUACCGAAGUCUUGUGGUUCUGGGACCAUGAGCUGUAGGAAUUCCAGCUUUGAAUGGAAUAAAAGCAAGUUCUUCAGCGUUUUUGGUCAUGAUGGAGCUUUUGGCAGUUGACUGCAGAGUAGGAGAGUAUCCUGGCCGAAUUCCAACCUGGGUGAUUACAUUCAGCUGACUGAAAAUGAGCAGCGAUUGCUGCAUUUCACUGUUGGGCAAAGUCAUUUCCACGCAGGGGAUUAAAUUCAUAAAGUGGCUUAGGUGAAGCAGAAUGAAAAGGACUUACAGAAAUGUCCCUUUAACCCUCACAGGUUAUUCCUGAAGCCCUUGCAAGGCUUUUCAGUUUGCUGUCACAUUAAAUGCUGGGGAUCGAGCUGCUGGGCCAUUGCUUGGAAUGGCUGUCCCCUGUCACAGGGUGGUCUUCAGAACAGUGGUGCUUUUUAUAACACACGUACAUAUUCCCACACAUCCAACAAGGAAAUAAAAACAGAAUGGGGGAAAAAGAAAUGAUAAAAGAACAUCCAAAGUUUCCUGUCUUAGAGAUUAAAAUGCUGUGACAGUGCUGCUCGGCCGGGUGAUUCUUUGAUUCAAAAAGGUAGAGAAGCUCUGGUGUAAGAUGUAGAAGGCAGCGUGGAAGCAUGUUACCUGUUAUAGCUCAAUGUAUAACGGUUUUCUUUUUCUCUCCCUGACUUUCCCUACUUUAUUUUGUACCCAGAUUUUCUUGCUCCUGUCUGAAAUGUGCCUUGUAACUUUACAAGUUUUCAGAAGACCACUGUGUUUCACUGGGAUAGGAAUACUGCAUCUGCUUCGUAGCAGGAGGAUGUUAUAUGUAUUACAGCUUAAUUCUGUUCUACUUUAAACCUAGAUAAAGAAUGAAGACUGUCUGUACCAUUUUGAUUACCUCUUCUAGGGUUCAAAGAGAGAACCAUUUCCCCUGACCUUCAUUUGCUAAUGGCUCAGCUUGAUCUAACCGGUAUACAGAUAAACUUGCUGUUACACAAAACUCCCGGUAGGAAGAACCACCUCAAUGUCCAAAAUUCCUUUGCCCCUGCUGGUACUGGUGGCUCUCUGUAACCAUCUAAAAGCUGAACUACGCAGAGUCCCAAGAGCUGUUCACGAGAAGCUUGUGUGUGAAUGAACGAUGCUGCCAUCGUCUUGAGAGAUGAGACGAAGGACCCGUCACAAUGACAGCUCUGCAAGUUCCCAGUAUGAGAGUCGUGCGUACGGAGUUUCAUGCUUUGUCUCCAGAGUGAUCUUCGUUCUUGUUAAGCUAAUUCCACCUCUUGUCACAAGUUUUGCUUUUGGAUUUAGACCAUCAUUAAGCCACGGAACUCCUGUGUAAACCACUUUUCUUCCUUUCCCCCCUCUCUGUUUUACACAAAGACUGUUAACAUGACUGUUAGUGGAAUAAGUAAAGCCAAUAUUCACAGGGUUUAACUCUCUACCAAUAGCACCUUUUUGCCCCAGAAUGCCUUACAAACACCAUACAGCACGCAUGUCCCAGAGUACGACUUGUCAUGCCAUUUCUGUUCACUUAGGCACCACCUCAGUUUCCCAGGCUGAUGCUUAGGGACAUUUCAGCUCAUAGCAUCUCACACCAUAAGUCAGACGCCACCCAGAGGUGCCUUUCAGGUCUGAGAGCUUUCUCCGUGAAUGUAUUCCGAGCUAAAGAGACCACGUGUGCAUCCUGCGGGAUGAUGCCGUCCACCUAACGGGAGCAUCCUGACGUGAUGGAGGGCAUGGCAGCAGGAGGGCAUGCUGGCACUCCUCCUGUCCGACUGUGGGUGCGACGAGUAGGUGUUUACUGCGAUGAGCACCGCAAAACGUGGCUUGUGGCUGCGGAAGAGGAGGAAGGUAUGCUGAGGGCUCGGAUCCAAAGAGUUCAGGUUCCCCUGGGUGAGGCGCUGCGACCCAGCCAGCUCCCCCCAUCCCGGCUGCCUCAUAUGUGGCAGCUGUCCCAGGGUGAGCAGUACAGGGAUAGUAACUCUCGCGUUUGGGAGAUAGAGCACCAUCUCAUGCUUGGUGGUGUUGAAGAACUGCUGCUUAAACUCGUGCCUGGUGAUUAAUCUGGAGCAGUGGCUCUAGGAAGAUGUCGUUGUAUAUUUUGUACAAUAAAUGAUUCUCUCACCACUGAAAUGCAGCCACCUCU